CCCAGACUGGACGACUUAUCCGCAAAUAGUCAAAUCAUACUUUCAUCCACGUCCUUUUUAUUUUAUUUUUGUGUGCUUUUUGUUUCUUCACUUAGUGUUUCUGAAGACGCGUGAGUGCAACUCAAACGUGAGUCUUAAUGUGAUCUGCGCCGACUGCGAGCGGCGGUGAUGGAGGAGGAGGCGGCGGACGGAGCAGGUGGUGCACCGGGCGGAGCGCAGCCGCCGCCGCCGCCGCCGCCGCACCGCACAGCUGCUUGUUGUCAUGGAGGAGCAAAGAUGGCGGUCCUGGCCUAUAGCCUGGGCAAACGCGAAAUAAACCACCACUUCACCAUAAGAAACGCCAAACUGAUUGCGCUGGUGGUCGUCGCAUCGCUGCUCGUGUUCCACACGGCGUCGCGGUACCACGGAGGCGGAGACUCGUGUGAAUGGCUGCUGUCCAGAGGACGUUACUUGGGGGAGAACGUAUGGCAGCCUUAUGGGUGUAUGAUGCACAAAUACAAAAGCAUUGAAGCCAAAACAUGCCUCGCUGAAAAGCGGGUGGCCUUCGUUGGCGAUUCGCGAAUCCGGCAGCUGUUUUACUCCUUCAUCAAAAUUAUUGACCCCGAGCAGAGAGAAGAUGGAAACAAGCAUGAGGACAUUUCCUUUGAAGAAAAGAGUUCCUCUUUGAAUGUGGACUUCCUUUGGUAUCCAGAGGCGAAUAACUCCAUGAAGGAGCGCUUGAUAUCAUGGACACACGAAUCUUCUGCGAAGCCAGACGUUGUCAUCCUUGGAGCUGCCACGUGGUCCAUCAAGUUGCACAGCGGCAGCAGCGAGACCCUGCAGCAGUACAAAGUCAACCUUACGGCCAUUGCCGUGCAUCUUGAGAGGCUGGCUGAACGUGGAGAGGUGUACUGGGUGCUGCAAGACCCAGUCAAUGAGGAGGUGCUGAGCGAGAACAGGAAGAUGAUCACCAACCAAAAGCUGGAGCUUUACAAUGAAGCAGCGGCAGACGUGCUCAACAGCAGUAAGCGCAACGGCAGGUCCCGAGUCAAGCUGCUGGCUGCGUCCCGUCAGGCCGCGCUGGAAACUAUCGCCCAGUCAGACGACGGCUUGCACUUACCUGAGAGCACCAGGAAUGUGGGGGCCAUGGUGCUCAUGAACUCCGUGUGCAACAAGCUACUUAGGCCCAUUGACGGCUCUUGCUGCCAAACGUUACCACCCCCCAACCUCCUCCAGAAAAUGGCAGCAUGCUUCUUCCUGGGCUCGGCCCUGGUCUUCCUGGUCCUCCACGUCCUUGGCAACAACCGCCACCGCCGACCCGUACCCCCUGACGUGGAGAGCCUGGAGGAGAAGAAGCCGGCAACUGCAGCUGUCCCCUUUGGUCCAAAGGCGCCCUUCCAUGCGCUCUGCAGGAUGGGCGUCAUCAUGGGCUAUUUUUACCUUUGUGACCGAGCCGAUGUGUUCAUGAAAGAGCAGAAGUUCUACACGCACUCCACGUUCUUCAUUCCUCUCGUCUAUAUAUUUGUCCUGGGAGUCUUUUACAGUGAAAACAGCAAGGAGACCAAAUUACUCAACCGAGAGCAAACCGAUGAGUGGAAAGGCUGGAUGCAGCUCGUCAUCCUCAUCUAUCACAUAUCUGGUGCCAGUGCUUUCAUUCCAGUGUACAUGCAUGUGCGGGUGCUGGUAGCAGCGUACCUUUUUCAAACCGGCUAUGGACACUUCUCCUUUUUCUGGCUCAAGGGAGACUUUGGACUGUAUCGAGUGUGCCAGGUGCUUUUCCGUCUAAACUUCCUGGUCUUGGUGCUGUGUGUGGUAAUGGACAGGGCCUAUCAGUUCUAUUACUUCGUCCCAUUGGUCACCUUCUGGUUUGUCGUCAUCUACGCCAUGCUAGCCAUGUGGCCCCAGAUCCUUCAGAAGAAGGCCAACAGUAGUGGUAUAUGGCACCUUGGGGUCCUGGCGAAGUUACUGGGCCUCCUGAUGUUCAUAUGCUUCUUUGCCUUUUCACAGGGUUUCUUUGCGAGUAUCUUCUCCAUGUGGCCCAUCUCCAAUCUCUUUGAGCUGAACGGAAGCAUCAACGAAUGGUGGUUCAGAUGGAAACUGGACCGAUUUGCAGUGAUACACGGCAUGUUAUUCGCCUUCAUCUAUCUGGUGCUGCAGAAGCGCCAGGUGCUGUCAGAGAGCAAAGGAGAAGCUCUAUUCUCUGGCAGGAUCUCCAACCUGCUCCUCUUCCUCUCCAUCUUCUCCUUCAUAAUUUACUCAAUAUGGGCCAGCAGCUGCAAAACCAAAACGGAGUGCAAUGAGAUGCAUCCUUACAUCUCAGUGGUCCAGAUCCUGGCCUUCAUUCUUAUCAGGAACAUUCCUGGCUAUGCUCGCUCUAUUUAUAGCUCAUUCUUUGCAUGGUUUGGAAAGAUCUCCUUGGAGCUGUUCAUAUGCCAGUACCACAUCUGGCUGGCAGCAGACACCAAGGGAAUUUUGGUACUGAUUCCGGGAAACCCUUCUCUCAACAUCAUGGUCAGCACCUUCAUCUUUGUUUGUGUGGCUCAUGAGAUUUCCCUAAUCACCAACGACCUGGCCCAGGUAGUCAUCCCAAAAGACAGCGUGGCCCUGCUAAAGCGACUGGGGGCCGUGGGGCUCCUCAGUCUGGUUGUACUGCUGCUAACCAGGGGCAGCCAGUCCACUCCUGGCGACUGAUGGUACACGUCUUGAUGGACAGCGGUGGGGGCGGUAGGGGGCACUGCAGCUCGCUACUCCUCUGCUGAGUUUGAAGUGAAGUACAGACCCAAGCCAGGAGCAGGCCCCUAGGUUUGAGGCCACUGGUGGCCACAGGAGACAUUGUCAGCGGUGUUGAGCGGUAGCACGAGGAACACAGGAGAUCCGAGUCUCACCGCUGACCACGUUUGUGCAGAGUCUGUACUUUUUGACUGCUGUGAAAGUCGCACACUGAAGAAAAAAAAUGGCCAGAAAAGGGAGGGAUUGCUCCUUUUUAAGGGCCUAUUGCAAGAGAGUGAAAAAAAAGAACAAAAACGCUCAAAACGUUUACAUUAUCUGCAUUCACCAGAAGAGCAGAGGAGAAAUUUCCAGAUGUGGAGUUUUUCUUUUUUGGACAAAAAGAGGUCCUCUCAUUUCAAGACCCUCGAUCUUGCCGUGUGAAUUAUCUUUGCCGAGUUGCUUCUAUUUAGCCAAACACACAAAUGAGAACAAAUAACAAGUUAUUUUGUCCCAAACAGUACUUCCUGUCCUUAUAUCAAUCUGGAGGAGAUCAAUAGACACACUCCGUCCACAUGGCAGUAGCAGCUGAAGGUGUUUUUCACUCAGGUGGAUCCAUAAUCCACAUAUUCAGAUAUCAACACUUUUACAACACUUUUACAAUAAAAUAUUCAGUUGUGCUGCAUUCAAUUGUCAGCAAUACCUUGUACAUUAUUUUCUUGGAACUGUAAAUUAGUGUUAGAUAUCUAAAUAUGCACACAAAAAAUUAUGGACCAACGACUUGUUUGGGUGAUCAAAAAAACUGUCAAAAUAAAUUGGGAGUGCAAUUGUUAAAAUGUUGGAAAUCCCUCAACAUAUUUUUGCUCUUGUUUUUCGAGUAUUUAAAAAAAAAAGGUUUGCCUUUUUCUGAAAGGUACUGUGGUCACAUGCUAUAGCUCUGAAAUUAUGUGAUAUGUACAGUAUUUAAUGAUUUAAAUUAAGCUUAUAUUUUAUACAAUUUUUUUUUGCUUUGUUUUAUUCUUGCGCCCAUGACUGCUGUUUGUGACGGAAGUAUUUCAUGGAUCAUGUUGUACUGCCUCAGAUACACACUACAGGGGUUGAGCCUUUACAGCCCCUGCAUCUGUCCUAUAAGCAGCUGACUUCAUAGUCUGUGUAUAUUUGUAUGAUAGAGUGAGAUAUUUAUUUUAUACAGUCAGGCUUCAUCAGUGUUUUUUUUAGUCCUUUAUCCUUUUAGUCAUUGUAAACAUGCCUCGUAGCUCUGUCGGAAAAUGCCUGGUUGCACAUGUUCUUGUACAAUAGGGGCUACCAGCCGAAUACACACGCUCCCCUGUGCUGUCACAGCCAGUGAACUUCUUUCUCAGAAAAGUGAUUUGUUAAGACUGAAUGCCUUUGUAACAUGCAGCGUUUUCUCAGUGGCUAGUAUACACAGCAGCUCCAGAUGUACGCCGUCACAUCUGCGAUGUAGCCUGGGAUCACAAUCUUCCAUUUUUAUGCACUUUGCAUCAGGGCCACAAAAACAUUUAAAAAAAAAGAAACUACUUUUUAAUGCACUGACUGAGCUGAAAAGACAUUACUGUUGCUUAAAGAGAAAAAAAAAUUGUAUAUUUUGUCAGUUGACAAAUGGUUGACGUCUCCGCCGACUUCUCCUCACAGUUUUGAGAGAUUCGCACUUUUAUAGUGAGGCCUGCUUUUUUUCUUUCCUUCUCAUCUCUGAGGUGAAAUCUAAUGUGUGGUUGAGAUAAUUUGGCAUAUUGUAAGAUCUGAGCUGUAAUGCACAUGAAUUUUUAUUUAGUUGCAUAUUUGUAUCUACCAUGGUGUGGUAAAAGACUGCAGUGGCGGUCAUUUUAUACACUUUCAUGUAGCUUCCCCUUUUCAAGAGAAAUACGUGGGUCCAUGGAGAAUGAACAUUUUGUCUACAGACUCCAGCUCUCGAGGCGGCUCCUGUCGUCGGUCUGAUAAUGUACAGGUUGUGCUCUCAUACCGAGUUAAGCGUAAAGUCAAUUUGUAAUUUGUAUCACCUCCUUGUAUAGAUGAGAAUGGCAUUUUCAUGCUGCAAUUUCCUUUUUUUUUAAUGUGUAAAGUUUACUGAUCUGUUUUCUCAUCUAUAACUGAUCAAGACCUAUAUAUUUGGUAAUCGUUUCAGGCCUUAAUAGAUCUCUUUGGUCGUGUAAAAGCAACAACUAUUUAUACCCCCUGUGCAGGGCCUCUUUCAAAUGUUACAUGUAAAAAAAAUGGUGAUGUCUUCAAAAAAAAUGUGAAAUAUAUCCACAUUAUUUAUAAAUGCCUUUAUUCUGUUGUACGUUGAUAAUACCUUCAUGCGAUGUGCUGCUUUGGCUUCAAUGUCAUUGAGACAUUACUGUUGUCCUGUUCAUUAUUGGUUUUUACUUACAGUAAAAACAAUUUUUGAAAUAUU